AUGUGCCACAAGGCUAUCCCUCCUCACCGUCGCUUCUUCGCUGCUCCUUCAGUGCUUGGCCCGCGUAUUCAGCCAGACCGUAUUGAUCGUCUGGACAAUGUGGCUGGCCUCUACCACCAUGAAGGGCCGUACGAUCCUGUCACGAGAGAGAGGAACGCACUCCCUGACCGUGCUCCCGUCCAAGCGCUUCAGUCGUCAAACCAGGAAGCGCUCAAUGCCACUUCGUACGACGGUGGUGCCGGUAAUCUCUCCCAGCAUUACCCAUUAGGUGGAGAUGCUGUUCCCCCUCCAGGAUCCAGAGAUCUUACCGAUCGAUUCCUCAGCUUCUAUCCGCGUACCAACGUGAUGGUUGAAGCCCCAGCGCAUCUCCAGCGCCGUGCAGGAUUUAAUUACGGAGAUGGCGAUACGCUGAUGGAUCCAUACUAUAACCAGGAUGACAUCGAACGUCGUCGGCUGUUGCGCAAGCGCGCUAGAUCUAUUGAGCGUGAGGAAGCCGAGGCUGCCGAUUCUGCUUCCAAGAAGCGUGAUGUUAAUAGCCGCUUGUAG